UCGUAGACUGAGAUCACAUCGAGACGUUUCCUUACGUUGUCUCGAACUGUGUCGCUAAAACCCUGACCAACCAGCAUUCAAUCAGCUUACCGUGAGACGCAGCCCCAUUAACGUGCUAGUGUUUGGUAAUAAAUUCAUGAAACACGACGCACGUGGCAACUCUGCUAUGUGGGGCAGAGCAGAAAUCUGGCACCACCAGGCAGCAGUGUGAAUCCCUGGGUGUGGGGAUGAGGUGGGGCGCUCAGCCACAUUUCCCGAGAGAAACUCUUAGACCUUUAUUGCUUGUGGUUCGUGAAAUUAUCAUCAUGGCGUCUCUUGUCUAUUUCUAUAAUGUCAAUAUCACAUCAAAACUAUAUAGAUAUAUAAAUACGUUAAUCUAAGUAUUUUCACUUUUCUCUGAAACGAAACUGUAAGUGCAUUGAAAGUAGCGGUAAACAGUGAUGCGCGCCAGGAUGUGUCGGGAUGGCAAGCGGUGGGUGGCGCUGGCCUGCACCUUAUCGCUCUGGGUGAGUGGCGCGGCGGUUGUGGCAGAGGACUGUGUCCAGGGUGUGGGAUGCUCCCAGUGUCCCGCUGGCCACUAUACUCGGGCCUCCAAUGGGUCUCUGCUGUGCUGUCCCUCGUGUGCUGCAGCGGUGCUCUACCAUGGAGAUAUCCCCAGCAGCUGGUGUGUUUGCUAUGCUGACACGGAGACCCAAAGUUCUCCGGGUCCCCGAAUGAUUCGGUUCCCGGGACCUGCCAGGCUCUUGAAUGGGGGAAGUGCAGACCUCGGAAGCAGUCCCUCAUUUCAGGAUGCCUUCUUCAUUAUCAACCACGGACCUGGCGGGCUAGGACAUGUAAACAAUGGUCGUGGUGGCGUGUCACCGGCCGUGCAGCAAGCUCUCACCCUGUUGGCAGACACCCUUGAGAACCUCAACGCCCGCGUCAUCAGGCUGGAGGAGAUCGUGGCGCGCACUCAAGAAUUACAGCACUCCGGGACUCUUAACCGCGUGGGCACGGCCGCUCCCCCUACUUCUAUUCCUGCCACACCGCCCAUCGACAAGCCCUGUCCCACCAACUACUCCAGAAUAGAUGAUAACUGUUACUACGUCUCUAUGUGGCAUGACUAUCGCGCCAUGUGGCAGGAUGCUCGGACAGCGUGUGAGGGUCUAAGCGGUAAACUUGCAGAGCCGGUGACUCGUGGGGAAUUCCUUGGCCUGACACGUCAGCUGAGCUCCAUCUCGGCUACCAGUGGCUUCAGCUACUGGCUCGGUGGAUUGUAUCCCGGAGUAUCCUGGCUGUGGAUCUACGCCGGGAAGAAUGUUACUCUCACUCCCGCCUACUGGGCUGAAGAAGACUUGACAGGGAAGAGAGUAACACCUGGGGAUACUUCGUCUGGCCGCUGUCUCUCUGACUUACGCAUUCAAGCCAUCUAAAUAUUACUACUUACCGGAUGACUGUGGCUUUGAAAAGUACUUUAUAUGCCAGCUAAUCGAUAGUAGUCAGUAGAGGAUGGUUGGAUUUUGAUUUAUGAUGCUACCUUUCUUUUGUGUCCAAUCUGAAGUCGAAAUCUCUGGAUACUAGUGCCGGUUUGUAGGUGAUAAUGGCCUAUACUUUUACAUAUUUUGUUUCAUUGUACUGUUUUCAAAGGCCACAUUGACCAUUAUGCAGAUUCUACUGACAUCUUUGUUAAAGUAUCACUGGAAUCAUGGAACUUUUGAAAACCCUAAUGCAUAAUUUCAAUUGGAGCUGUAGCACUGAACGUGUGAUGAUACAGAUUUAUGGCUUUUACAAACAUUUUAAUUACCACUUGACAGGUGAUGGCCAGCAAAGACUGACUGAACUGUGCAUUAAAACGCGACUGAAAUUGUUUUUUGUUGGAAGAACCAUAAACGAUGUUAUUGAUUAUAUGAUUGUGAUAUUUACAACAUUUAUGAAUUAGACCUUGACGGAGAAAUGUAUCUAAACGGUCAAGCUUAUGGAAGGAACCAACUGUCAAUGAAACUCGAGACAGGGCUUGAGGUUCGCACUUCUCUACCUGACAGGGUAUAAUGAUUGAUUUAGGGAGUUUGGUUGACAUUGUCUGUUCGGUUAGUACAACAGAAACGUACAUUCUGGCUACAGUAUUUCUACUCUUGUAUAUGUGGCCGUCUGCGUUAAAUAAUUUAGUAAUUUAUUUAUAUUUUUAGGGAAGUUUUUAGUGUUUAAACUUUUUGAUGCACUGAAAGAUUUGUUAGUUCCACACUUUUACUUAAUCAUCUUACAAUAGUCACACGAUAGACGCUCGUAACAAUCAUAGACCAAGUUACACAUCAAUGACAGUAUAUAAUAGAUGUGUAGAAAGAAGGAGAAAAACAAAAUAAGAACUGUACGUAAUCUGAUACAUUCUCCCUUCAUGUACCUGAACCCAACGCGUCCUGCUACACAGGCCACGGUGACUGUAUACAGGUAAUAAUGUUAUAAAUACUAAUACCCUUAA